UCUAUGUGAUUGCUGUCCUGUCUGUGGAUUCAUGAUUCAGGAUGAUCAAGAAAAGGAAAAAUGUGGGCUGUGCAAAAGAAGUUUUCAUAAGACACCAUUUUGCAUGGGAGACCAACACUAUUUACAAGCAGAUAGAUUUGAAUGCAGACAAUGCCUUGUCAAUACCUGGACAAAGGAAAAUAGCUGCCAAAAUGCCUUGAAAAGUGGAAAACGGAAAUCAGAACAGAAUCUGACAGCAGAAGUCACAAUGGAUAAAAUUAGUAAACAAGACCAGAAAUCACCGAUUGAAGUAUGUUUAGAUAUUCUUCAAAGUAAUGGUUUUCAUGAAGAUGCAUGCACUACCUUCAUUCACAACAUAUCAAGCAUUGAUUGGCACAUAAGCUGGGAUUCUAUUGUUGAUAUAUUUGCCAAAGUGAGGACAUGUGUGCCAGAGGUUGCUGACAAUAUUAUCACCUGCUCAAAAUCUAGAUCUCUAGGUCAUUUUGGAGAUGGAUAUAUAGACUGCAUUCCGAUGAAGUUCAAAAGGGAUCACAUUUUUCCUGCCGACGUGGAAGGAAGUGGCACAUGGACCUUAUUUAGAUCUGUGUCCAUUUUUUUCUAUGGUGAUGAAGCACAUAUGCAAUUUGCAAGGCUUCUUACCAUCUGCAAUGAGAUUAUAGAAUUAGGAAAGGGCUGUGAUUCAGAUGACCACCAAAAGGAUCUAAUUCUAGAGGAGAUGAAGAAAGAGUUUGACUCCCCUUGUUGUGACAUGGAAGAUAAAUUGACUGUAUAUCACCUGAUGCAUAUACCUAAUGCAAUGAAUCUAGAUAUAAAAAUACACAAGGAAGGAGCAUCAGAUUCUUAUCAAGGCCAAAACUGCAGAAGAUCAAUAAGCAUUUUGGCUCUUCAAAAAGAAGGAGAUAGAUGUCUAUCCUUUCUCCCUUUAAUGGAAGGAAUUUUCCUGAAAGACAGAAAUAUUUUCGACAGAGAUAACUGUGGUGCAGGCGUUUUGUUGUCAAGGAAAUUCAGAUUUAAAAAAGUGCAUAAAAUGUUUCCAGAUGUAUCAUUCAUGUUGCAUUAUAUCUCAUGAGGAAGCAUUUGUAUGUGGAUGUCAUAUCCGACGACCGUAUCAUCCAAAAAACCUCAAUAUUUACAAGGAUGAUGUGAGGUUCAUUGAAACUCUGGAUAUGGUAGAUAUAAAGAAAUUAUGUAAUAACAUUAGAACAACAGAGUUGCCUUCGUUUCGUUGGAAUGUUUUCAGACAGUACAAUUCAAAGAAAAGAAAAGAUGUGAAAAUGUUGAAUUGUGUUCAGUUCAUUCCUUCUGAAAAAAUAUAUAUUGAACUGAGGAAUAAGAUCAGCAGUAUAGGGGCUGUAAAAGAAAAUGAUGAGAAGCUUCUUGAUGUCUUUUUACCAGAGGUGAUGGUAAGCUUUGUUAUGAUGGUGGAAGGUCUGAACAGAUUUCAAUCUGAGCUAUUCUUGCGUACAGAUAUUCACAAAUUGAUACAAUAUAGUAGUGAAUGAGUGUACAAAAGGAUAAUUGAAGAAAAAAACAAGUCAAUUUAGUUUUGUUGAUUUUCCGAUGUUUUCUUAUAUAGAACAAAUAUUGUGAGAUAAAAUAUAUUAUAUUAAAUUAUUGGUUAAUUUUGCUUGUAUAAACAUGGUUGUCAUUACCGAAGUGUGAAUUAUGGGCUUUGUCUUAAGCUUGUCCAUAUUAUUAACAAUAGUGUCUUGAAAACCUAUAUUUUAUCUUUUUGACUUUUGCUAGUUCAAAGUAUGUCAGCAUCAAGUUAUUGAAAUGUUGGGGUAAUUAUGAACUUAUGGUGCACAACAUGUGUAUUGAAAAACUGUUAUAAUUACUUUUAUGGCGAAUUAGGGAGAUGUCCAAAAAAUAAGUGUUAUUGGUUGUAUUUUAUUAGAAAUGAACUGUUUGUUAUAGGUUUAAGUGAUGGACGGUACAGCCGAAAACAACUUGCCAGAUGUAUAUUUUGCUUUCAUAAAGCAUUGUUUAUAUGAUUGUCUAAAACUUAAUGCUCAGUUUCAUACUUCUUCAAAAUGAUAUGAUUAGAUAUAUGUUGGAAAUUUUUUGUCUGCAAUUUUAUUACUUUGCUGGUUCCAGGUAUAAGAGUCAAUUUAUUGAAAUUGUGAACCUGAAAAACUUUUAUUUUACUAAAUGGUGAAUAAGAGAGAUGUCUAAAUAAUUAUUUAUGCAAACCAAAUUCAAUGUUUACAAAACAUGUAUUGCGAAAGUAAGAUUUAGUCGCUACAACUUAACUAUAGAAAAUAAGAUUUUAUUGUAUAACAAGAAAUAAUAGAAUAUGUAUAUCUUUUUAUAAUGAUAUAGAGGAUGAGUAUCAGUUCAUCCUCAAAUGCCAAGUUUUUCAAGGUUUUUUAAAACUUUAUUAGAAGGCAUAGUAUUGGAAAAAAACCUUGAGGUACAAAUUUAUUAACAACAUGUUUUUACUUUUACAAAUUGUGACUUGGUUUGAGAGUUGUCUCAUUGGCACCAGUACCACUUCUUCGUAUAUCAUAUGUUAUAAAUAUAAUUGUAUUCUCUUACAAAGCAUAAGCAUAGUGAAUACAUUCUCAUAUCCAUAUGUGUUAGAGUAUGAGAGUUUUUUUUUAAAUGAGACAUUUUCUCCUGUUCUGCAGGAAUAUUGGACUUAAGCAUGGACGAACUUUAAUAUUUUUCAAAUUGAACAAUACAUUUUGUUGAAAUUGGUAGAUAAUGACUUAUCAAUGAGCUCAUGAUGAUGCAACAAUUUUUUUAUAUAUUUUUAGAUUACAGUGGUAGACAGUCAUUUAAUGUGAUGUUGUGGUCAUAGCAUAAUGCAUAUUUAUCAAAUAUUUUUUUUCUUUAUAAGCAUGCAAUAGUAAAUGAAUUGUUAUGUCCAUAUUGUUUUCUAUAGUUACAGUUAUUACUGUGGAAUUAUUAAUUUUCAUGUUUUUAAAUUGUGAACUUUUUCAAGAAUCCUCAUUUUGGUAACCAUGUUCCUAUCUAAACGUAUGAAAACUUGUUUUUACUUGAUGACAUACAUGUUUGAUUUGUCUCUAAUCAGAUAAUCCACAAUAGAUAGCAUUCAAAAGCUUAUAAUAAACAUUGA